AUGAUAGAUGACGAAGUCGCCAACAGGAUCUCGAAAGCCAGUCAAGCCUUCGGUCGCCUCAAAAGCACAGUUUGGAAUCGUCAUGGCCUCCAUCUGAGUACGAGGCUAAAGAUGUACAAGGCCGUCAUCCUGCCGACGCUACUGUACGGAGCGGAGACCUGCACGGUGUACACGAGGCAGGCACGCCUACUGAACCACUUCCACCUCAGUUGUCUCCGUCGCAUCCUGUGGCUGCACUGGCAGGAUCGAAUCUCCGACACAGAUAUGCUGAAACGAUCGGAAAUGCUCAGCAUUUACUCCAUGCUGAGACAAAUGCAGCUGCGCUGGAGCGGCCAUCUGGUGCUCAUGGACGACGAGCGACUACCCAAACGACUCUUCUACGUAGACGUUGCGAUGGGUUCUCGCCGCCAAGGUGGUCAAAUUCUUCGAUACAACGACACUCUGACGUCCACCCUGAAGCGCCUGCAAAUCAACCCGACCAACUGGGAAGAGUUCACCCUCUACCGACCGACCUGGAGGAGGACAGUGAAGAGAGCCGCUGCGAUCUAUGAGGCCAACCGAAUCGCCGCUGCCAAAGUGAAACGAGAGCACGCAAAUCACAGCCACCCCACGUCCGCAACUGCGACGCACAACCGCUUCCAACGUGUCCCCGGUGUCAACGGACAUUCCGGGCAGAAAUUGAACUCAUUGUACACCUAA